AUAAACCCACUAACACAGAAACUUAAUUGAAAAAAAAAAUUAUCAGGUGGUUUCAGAUUUUCAGUCGUUUCUCUUCGACUCGGAAGUGAAGAAGAGGAAGAAUCCCCAAUCGUCUUGGCUGCUAUUAGUACCACACCCAUGGCUGCGAUCCUAGCUCGGAAGUCUCUCUCCGCGCUUCGCGCUCGCCAGCUUGCUGUAUCUGGACAAGCAUUGCAGGGCUCUCACCAAUAUGCACUGCGAUCUAGUGUGCAUUUGUAUUCCACCAAGAAAGAAGAUGAAGAAAGAGAGCAGCUUGCAAAGGAGAUUUCCAAGGAUUGGAGUUCCGUUUUCGAAAGAAGCAUAAACACACUAUUCCUUACUGAAAUGGUUCGUGGUUUGAUGUUAACACUCAAGUAUUUCUUUGAAAGAAAAGUGACUAUCAAUUACCCAUUUGAGAAGGGCCCUUUGAGUCCCCGGUUUCGUGGGGAGCAUGCCCUUCGACGGUAUCCAACAGGAGAGGAACGUUGCAUCGCCUGCAAACUCUGUGAAGCUAUAUGUCCUGCACAAGCCAUAACAAUAGAGGCUGAGGAACGUGAAGAUGGAAGCCGUAGGACAACUAGGUAUGAUAUUGACAUGACAAAAUGCAUCUAUUGCGGAUUUUGCCAAGAGGCGUGCCCUGUUGAUGCAAUUGUUGAGGGGCCCAACUUUGAAUUUGCAACAGAGACUCAUGAGGAGCUUCUGUACGACAAGGAGAAGCUACUUGACAAUGGGGACCGUUGGGAAACUGAGAUUGCGGAGAACCUGAGAUCAGAGAGUCUGUAUCGCUGAUUUUCCUUUUUUCCCUGCUGAUACUAAAAUUUUCACUAGAAAAUAAAAGAUCUGUAUAUGGGUCUUGAAUACCAGUGUUUUUGGUUGAAUUUGCUGUAGCUGCUACAUUUUAUAACUGCAAAGUGAUGUAUAAAGAAGAACUCAUCUGUAAGGAUCAAUAAUUUCUGUUUCUAGAAUUUGUACUUGGACGAUUUGGACCAGAUUGUUGGUAAUGAGUCCUUCGCAAA